AUGGAUCCCACAGAAAAAGACGACCCUGCGCAAGAAGAUAUUGAGGACGCUAUCAGCCAACUAAACCUCACGCCCCAGCCGGCAUCGUCAUUGAAAAGGGACACCGGGAAGGCGAAAGAUGAGGCGAACCAUGUGGCUGAUGGCACUCCGGCGGAGGAACCUUCGAACGGACAGAGUGUAACGGUACGACGCGAAGGCGCGACUACGGAAGGCAUCGCGGAGCAAGAGCGUACAGCACGACUGGCAUCAGCCGUCCGAGAGAUCCUCGUCUGUCUGGGAGAAGAUCCGACGCGGGAAGGCCUCUUGAAGACGCCCGAACGUCUUUGCGAACACCAUCUCGUGCCCUUCACCGGCAAGAUCGCCAUCGGAUACAUCCCCAACCAGCAGGUCCUCGGCCUCUCCAAACUCGUCCGGAUCGCCGAGUUCUUUGCUCGUAGACUCCAGGUCCAGGAACGUCUCACCAAACAGAUCGCUCUCACCCUCAACCAGGUCAUCAAACCUCGAGGCGUCGCCGUCGUUAUCGAAUGCACUCACAUGUGCAUGACCAUCAGGGGCGUUCAGAAACCCGGCUCGGUCACCGUAACCUCCUCUAUGCUCGGCUGCUUUCGCUCUAAAGAUAAAACUCGCGCCGAGUUCUUGACUCUCAUCAAAAGAUGA